AUGAAUCUUAUGGGAAAGGUAUUCUCUAAAGGAAUUUUUAAAAUUGCAAAAGCGUCAAAUGUGGAAGUCGACACCAUCACCCGCGGAGGAUACACAACUGAGGGAGGAGUGAGAUAUGUAGAAUAUUCACAAUUGGGAAAAUACCAUGAAAAGGAAAAGUGUGCAGAAGGUGAAGAAGAUGUAAUCUCUCUGAUAUGCCUGAGUUGGUACAUAAAACUGUCGACGAUGCAAAGGGUAUCAGUUAACAUGGCUGUGCUGCUAACAUUCAUAUCAGUAAUUUAUAUAUCAUAUCAAACUAUAGAUAAUACAAAGACAAUUUGUUUAAUCGGACUAACUCUGUAUAGUGUCUACUUUUUAUUAUUCGCUGUAUACAUGUUAAGCACAGUGCUGAAAGAUGAAUAUGAUACAUAUAGCACGAUAAAAAGAAACCAAGAGUUGGAAAAGGAAUUGUCUAGUAUAUACACAAAUGAUGGAUUACCUUAUGAUUCCAUUAGUAAUCACGUUAACCAUAUGAAUCAUGCACACAAAAAGGGCGGAAAAAAUAAUAAUAUUUCCACCCUUGAGGAUGGAAAAGUAAAAGGAAAAGGUGAAAUUGGAAAUGCCUGUUACACCACUGGAGUUGAUGAAUCAAUAGAAUCCGAAUUCAAAAACGAGGGAAAAGGUAUCAAUCAGUUUAGCAGAAAAAAUAUAAGAACAGAAAUUCAGCAUCCGAAUAAUGAUGAAAAGGAUAGGAACAUUUCUGUGAAGAACAUUUUCCAUUGUGGUGACAAUGACAUGAAUGAAGGUCUCUAUAAUGCUAACAAUGGGAUGGAUAAUGAUGAUGAACCUAUGGAAGGAUUUGAAAUUUUUUCAUUCGAUAAUGUAGCAAAACCUAUAAAGGAAGGAUCUGAAGGAUUUUUCGCUGUUCAGUACAAUUCGAUAUUUAAAAUUUCGACAGGAUUUACAAUACUUUUACUAUUACUGUACAUAUUUAGAGGAGAUUACAUUAGAUUUCCACAGGAAAAAAGCUCGUUAUCUUCUCCUCCUAGUGAGGAGAAGCAGUUUAUAGUCAUAUCUCCCCUUAUGUAUGGAAUUAUCACUGCCAUUUCAUUUUUAUUCGGUACCAUUUGCAGUUCUAUAGCAGGAUAUAACGGAAUAUAUGUAGCUGUUCGUGCAAAUGUGUUGGUGGCAAAAGCUUCAACAUAUUCGUAUAGCAAAGCACUUAUAACAUGUUUUAGAAGUGGUGCCAUAAGUGCAAUUAUAAAUGUGUCCCUAGCCAUGUUUGGAAUUUGUUCCUUAUUAUUAUUAGUAAAUAUAUUAUAUCCCACACUAGUUUUUACAAAAUAUCCUCUUCUUAUUGUUGGGUAUGGGUUUGGUGCAUCUUUAGUUGCCAUGCUGUAUCAGCUAGCUGGAGGAAUUUACACCAAAGCAGCUGAUAUUGGUGCUGAUUUGGUGGGGAAAAUUGAAAAGCAUAUUCCAGAAGAUGAUGCUAGAAACCCUGCAGUGAUUGCUGAUUUGGUUGGAGAUAAUGUUGGUGAUUGCGCAGGCCAGUGUGCAGAUUUAUUUGAAUCCAUUUCGGCUGAAAUUAUUGCAUCUAUGAUUUUAGGAGGUUCUUUAUGCGAAAAUGGAAUCAUUUCAGAGAAAAACUCCAGCUAUUUUGUUCUUUUCCCCUUAUUUGUGCAUUCGAUGGAUCUAUUUGUCUCCACCAUCGGAAUUUUUCUUGUGCACACAAAAAGCGAUAACCAGUUCGAAGUAAGAAUGAAGCAAAGUAAAGGAAAAUCCCACUGUGCCCAGGCGGAUGAGAUAAUGCAUCAUACUAGUGAGUUAUAUAAAAGUUCAAAGCAUAUGGAUCCAAAUUUAAGAAACACAUGCAGGAGGGGGGACACAUCGCUGUCACCCAAGUACGCUUCCUACGACGACGAUGGCCCAGAUGUAGAUACCUCUGCAUUUGCAGAUGUAUGUGUAAAUGACUGUGAUGACGAGGCUGGAAUAGUCCGAGUGUACAACCUGGAGAAUCCGCUGAAGGUUAUGCUGAGAGCAUACUUUUUCACAUGUGUGCUUGCCAUGGCUGGUUUUUUUUUUCUUUGUAAAAUACUUUUUUCCUUUAAGAAAGACACAGAAGAAGAUUCAUCAUGGAUUUACCUCUCCCUGUGUGGGUUGAUAGGAAUGAUAUGUUCAUACUUAUUUGUUAUUUUAACGAGAUAUUAUACAGAUUAUUCGUACCCAAAAGUAAAAAAAAUAGCAGAGGCCUCCUUGAGUGGCCCAGCUACAAACAUAAUAACAGGUUUGUAUGUGGGAUUAGAAUCUACCUUCCUUCCUACCAUUGUUAUAUCUGUUUCUUUAUUAGCAUCGUAUCACUUAGGAUUAGUAAGUAACAUGACAGGAGAUAGAAGUAUGAUAAAUGGACUUUAUGGAACAUCUGUUGCGACUAUGGGUAUGUUAUCUACUGCUGUUUUUAUUUUAAGCAUGUCUAAUUUUGGGCCUAUAGCUGACAAUGCAGGAGGAAUUGUUGAAAUGUCUAAACAGCCAAAACAUGUUCGUUUCAUAACAGAUAAAUUAGAUGCUGUUGGAAAUGUAACUAAAGCAAAUACGAAAGGAUUUAGUGUUGGUUCUGCUGCACUUGCAUGUUUCUUACUUUUUUCAGCAUUCUUGAGUGAAGUAUCUAUUCAUGCUAAAACUCCUUUUACAACAGUUGAUAUUGCAAUGCCAGAAGUAUUCAUUGGUGGUAUUCUAGGAUCUGUUGUUGUGUUCCUUUUUGCUGGUUGGUCUUUAGAUGCAGUUGGGAAUACUGCUGAAGAAGUUUUGAAAGAAGUUAGAAGACAAUUUAAUGAACAUCCUGGUAUUCUGACGUAUAAAGAAAAACCAGAUUAUCACACAUGUGUAGCUAUAAUAAGUAAAAAGGCACUAAUAGAAACGAUAAAACCGGGACUACUUGGAUUGUUUGCACCCAUCAUUGUUGGAUUCCUUUUUAAACAAAUAGGAACACUGCAAAAUAAUAAAUUGUUAGGGGCUCAAGUCCUUGCUUCUUUCAUAAUGUUUUCCACAUCUACUGGAAUACUAAUGGCUCUAUUUAUGAAUAAUGCAGGAGGAGCUUGGGAUAAUGCAAAAAAGUAUAUAGAAUCCGGUUUUUAUGGUGGAAAGAACAGUCCUGCUCAUGUUUCUAGUGUUAUUGGAGACACUGUAGGAGAUCCUUGUAAAGAUACUGCAGGUCCUUCCAUCCAUGUGCUCAUCAAGUUGAUAUCAACAAUUACGAUGGUGAUGACCCCCCUAAUCGCCUCAACCGCGGGAACGUAG